AAACAAAACAGCCUUUGUCACUUGUCACUCCCCCGCUCGGUUCCAAGAGUGAGUGAGAGAGAGAGAGAGAGAGUCCAACCAACGCCACACGAGAUCCUCGCCCAGCCGGCGACGGCGGCGACCACCAUGGGAGAAGCAGCCGCGGAUCCAGCGCCGGCGGCGGCGAAGGGGAGGGUGGCGCCACCGAUGUCGUGGCGGACGCGGCUCUCCGUGCUGGCCGCGGGGUACCUCACCGACGCCACGCGCCGCGCCGACGGCACCGUCAACCGCCGCCUGCUCGCCGUGCUCGACAAGCCCGUCGCGGCGUCCGCUACCCCGCGCAACGGCGUCGCCUCGCGGGACGUCACCAUCGACCCUGCCCUGCCCCUCCGCGCCCGCCUCUUCUACCCCUGCGCUCCUGCUCCCGCCGACGCCGCGGAGGCGGCGGCGGUGCCCGUCGUCGUGUUCUUCCACGGCGGCGGGUUCGCGUACCUCUCCGCGGCGUCCCUGGCCUACGACGCCGCGUGCCGCCGUAUCGCCAGGUACGCCGGCGCGGCCGUGCUGUCCGUCGACUACCGCCGCUCGCCCGAGCACCGCUUCCCGGCCGCCUACGACGACGGCUACGCGGCGCUGCGCUUCCUCGACGGCCCGGACCCCGACCACCCCGGCGCGCUCGCGGUCGCCCCGCCGAUCGACGCCGCGCGGUGCUUCGUCGCGGGGGACAGCGCGGGCGGCAACAUCGCGCACCACGUGGCCCGCCGCUACGCGCUCGACCCGUCGGCGUUCGCGAGCCUCCGCCUCGCGGGCCUCAUCGCCAUCCAGCCUUUCUUCGGCGGCGAGGAGCGCACGCCCGCCGAGCUAAGGCUCGUGGGCGCGCCCAUCGUCUCCGUGCCGCGCACCGACUGGAUGUGGCGCGCGUUCCUGCCCCACGGCGCCGACCGCGACCACGAGGCGUCGUCGCCCGAGGCCGCCACCGCGGGCAUCGACCUCGACGCCGCCGGUUCCUUCCCGCCCGCCACGGUCGUCGUCGGCGGGUACGACCCGCUGCAGGACUGGCAGCGGCGGUACUGCGACGCGCUGCGCGGCAAGGGGAAGGAGGUGCGGGUGCUCGAGUACCCCGACGCCAUCCACGCCUUCUACGUGUUCCCGGAGUUCGCCGAGUCCAAGGACCUCAUGCUACGGAUCAAGGAGAUCGUCGCCGGCAGCAGCAGCAGCGAGUGACCGGCGACGGACGGCGCAGGCGCAGCUGUCGCCGAGAUGCUUCUGCUAGCAGAGGAUUACUGUAGGUGUCGAGUGACUGGGGUCGGUGACGUGGACUGGGACGGUGGUGUCGAGUGUGACGUGGUUCUCAUCAUGCAAUGCAACCCGUGUGGGACGCGUCAUAGUUGCACUAGUGUGAGGUCAUGAUGACGAUCGAAAAUGGUCUUUGGCAUGUCAUGGACGUGGCAGCAGGCCUAUGAAUAACCAUCUUUAUGUCAUGUGGGCUUUUAGUGGAUCGUCCUUGGGCUAGAGGAUCAAGACACACGAAGACCUCAAAUCCAGGCCCAUGAUUAGCUCAUCAUUUGUACUAAUGAACGAGCCUCUUCUAUCACGUGUGCAAUUAAGCCCAUGUCAAGUCCAUUGUCCAUAUAAACACAACUUGUGUUA